AAAGGCAACAACCAGUCCCGGGGAAUUGCGUUAGAUCAGUGCCCCUUUAAAGUGAUCAACAACCGAUCUCACGGCUUUAUACGAGAACAAUAAUAAGUCAUUCAGAAAGUAUGGUGUGGAGCACCUGUAAUGGCAUAUCUGUUGAUCGGUGAGUUUACUGUUACGUGGGCCAGUCCACGGGUCAUGCACGAACAGUGAAACAGACUGUUACGUGGGCCAGUCCACGGGUCAUGCACGAACAGUGAAACAGACAAAAUGCACAGUGAGGAGCUGGUAAUGAUCGCUGAGCUCCUUACAGCGUCUAAGCAAUAAACAACCGAUUAACAGUCUCAUACGAGAAAAGUCACUAAGAAAGUAUGGUGUGGAGCUCUGUUGAUCAGUGAGUUUACUAUCAAGUGGGCCAAUCCACGGGUCAUGCACAACAGUGAAACACUGACAGAAUGAAUGUUUCGCACACAUACUCCAUACGAUUGUGCAACAACAGCUGUGUUUCUAUGUUAAGACUACGGACGUCACAAUGUCACACUUGCAGAAGGCUGAGAAGCACAGGUGCUUUACCAACAGAAGAGUUCACGACAGUCCAAGCUCCGAAACCGUUUCGGGAUAUCCCUGGUCCCAGGGGGCUGCCAUACCUGGGGUCUCUGCUGGAUUACAGGUUAGGACGUUUCAAGAAUGUUGACAAGUAUCAAGAUUCGUUGAAAUGGCUGCAUGCCAAAUAUGGGAAGAUCGUGAAGCAGACGGUCACCGGCACCACUACGGUACACGUAUUUGACCCCGACUAUUUUAGAACAGUGUACCAGCAUGAAGGCAAAAUUCCCUAUAUCCCCCCACUGCUGGAGAGUGUGCAGCAAUACAGACGGAAGAGGAACAUGUCUCCCGGACUGGGUUUUACUAAUGGUGAAGAAUGGUACCGUCUCCGCACUGCGGUUCAGAAGAUGAUGAUGAGACCACAGGAAGUCACCGCUUACCUCCCCUUCACUAACCAAGUUGCCUCAGAAUUUGUGUCCAAGAUCGAGAAAUUAAGAAAUGAAGAUGAUGAAGUGGAAGAUUUCGAGAACGAAAUGGCAAAGUGGUCUUUGGAAUCUGCAGCAAUGAAUUGUUUUGAGACACGUCUGGGAUACUUGGAUGAUUCAGCUCCAGAAGAAGCAAACAAGAUGGCAGACGCAAACAGAAUUUUGUUUGAUAAGUCUACCAAAAUGAAGUUUUCCCUACCUCUACAUAAGUUUGUCAUCACCCCAACGUGGAAGACCAUUUUAGAGUCUGAGGACUACUUUACUGGGAAUGGGCUCCGUUUAGUAGAGGAAACAGCUCAGGAGAUCAAGACAUUGGUAGAUGAGGGCAAGCUGACAGAAAACAAGUACACGUUCCUCGCAUACCUUCUCUCACGGAAAGAACUCAGCUUUAAAGAUGUCUCCAUCAUCACGCUGUCCUUGUUUGGGGAUGGACUCAGCACGACAGUCCCAGCUGCUCUCUUCAACUUGUACUGCCUGGCAGCACACCCCAACGUGCAGCAGAACCUGGUGGAGGAGAUUAGAGCCGUGGUUCCUCAGGAAGGGGAGAUAAGUGCAAAGAUGAUACAGAAGAUGCCAUAUCUUAAAGCUUGUGUCAAAGAGACUUUCAGGUUUUACCCUGUUGGUCUGGAUGUGACCAGAAUUGUCCAGAAAGACCUAGUUGUUGGAGGGUACCAUAUACCUGCUGGGACUCGUGUGGAACUAAACAACUUUGUACUCUUCAAAAAGCCUGAGUACUUCCAUGAACCAGAGACUUUUCUUCCUGAGCGUUGGCUUCGCGGAGGUUCCGCCCACGACAUCCAUCCCUUCAUCCUCACACCAUUCAGCCAUGGGCCACGGAUGUGUGCAGGAAGAAGAUUUGCUGAGCAAGACCUGUAUGUUCUUCUGACAAAGAUUCUGCUGCGCUUCCAAGUGGAGUGGCACCACAAGGAGAUGGGGCAGACUUUUCGGAUGCUGAUGGUGCCCGACUGCCCAGCUAGGUUCUCAUUUACAGACAGGAGGACAUAGUGAAUGGAAUCAUCAGAAAUAUGAAAUAAGUUGUGAAAUGAUCUCGGAUGUGGUAUGCAAUCUCGGAUGUGGUAUGCAAUCUCGGAUGUGGUAUGCAAUAUCAGAUGUAGUAUGCAUGAUGGCUGAGUCAAUAUCCCUGUCCUGAUUACCCAGUAUGUAGAAUUAAUGAAAUCAUCUGGUAAUUAGACUUGCUGGUCUAAUUCAAUUUCAUUGAUGAUUGGUUUCACUUUCCAAUCAUUGAUUUUGUUGUUGUUAUCUAAAGUUUGCUCAGCAUUAUUCCAGUUAUGAUUGAGUCAAGACAAUCAAGUGAUGGCUAUUGUAAAUGUAAGCAACAAUCCACUGUGUUGGGGGGAUGUUGACAUCCAACCAACCAAGUCACCAAGCCUGACCACCUGAUCCAUCUCGUUGCCUCUUACAGCCAGCAUAUGUUGCUUGGGGCCUAUUCUAUCACGGAACCCCUACAAGGUGUUUAAUACAGGGGUCUGGAAACCGUCAUAUGCGCCGGACAUGUCCGAUUGGGAAUCUCAAAUGUCCGGUUUAAAAUAUUGCUUACUGGACA